AAAAAUUGGCUCAUAGAAGUGGGCCGACGGAAGCCCGUGGCUUUCGGCAUCGAACCCACUCACGCGCAUGAGUACGCGCAACCCUCUCCACUAGCAAACCCUAGCACAUGCCCCAUCCCCUCCCCGCCGCCGACACAUCCGCCUCCGCCGAUCUGAGGCAAGCAUGGCAGGCAGCCGACCAGGCGAAAGCAACGGCGGUGCCACGAGCUCCAUCCUUCCCGUUGCCGGACAGUUGAAGCCGUUGCCUGAUUACGCUAUUAGCUUGGUCCGCGACUACGACAUCCAGGGCGUCACGGCCAUGUUGUCUAGCCUUGCUCAUUGCUCGUUCGAGGUACAGAUGGAAGCCUUCAGUAAGAAUCUGGAAUUAUUCAAGAAGCCUAAUGCCAUUGGAGCAUUCCCUGACGAAGGCAAGGCCAAGGACGAGGAAGAGGAUGUCGAGGACGAGGAGGAUGACGAGGUGGAUGAAGAUGAGGAUGACGAUGUGGAUGAAGAUGGGGAGGACGGUGAAGAUGAGGAGGGCGAGAAGGGUGAAGAUGAGGAGAUACUGAAGUUGAUGGUUGAUGACAAUAAACCUGCUACUGAUGGACAGCUUCAAGUCCGUAAUGAAGGUGAACGAGAGUGCAAGAAGCCAAGAUUAGCAAAAGGCUUUGGGUGCCAGGCUGAGGCUGCCGUUUAGUCGUUUCUCCUUUCUGCCGCGUGGUGUGGUCAAAAUACAUUGAGAAAAACUAGUUUAGUUACUUUGUGUUGCCAAACUGCAGUAAGACAACAGGAGCAUGUGGGGAAAAAACUACACAUGGUAGAGCUACUGUGAUGAGUCCUGAUGCCUACAGAGCUUGGAUCUUCCAAUUGUUAUUAGUCCGUGGCCUGUAUCAGGAAAUUUGUGGAACAUGAUGGCUGUUCACUUCCCUUAGGUAUAGAGAGACUGAAUCUGCACUGUGUGCCAUAAAUUUACAGUCUAUUGUCAAAGGACUAAUCCCAAUCAAAUGUUGGUUUCUCUGUUCUUAGAUGAAAGAAUGUUAAUCAGUGUGGUCGUUGUUGUUGGUUCUUGUUUUCUUUACCAUUUACCAUGAAUCAAUUUGUUCUU